AUGCUCCCCUUCUCCAGCACCAAAUUCUCUUUAGGACCUUCUGAAGCCACUCGCAAUGGUAGUCUGUCCCAGAAGGCCCUGAAAGAGAACACCUUCACUGAACCAGCCUGUGCCCAAGGCCCGACCACUGCCCCCCUGCCCGCACCCCAGCGACCACUGCCCCCUGCCAGCACCCCAGCGACCACUGCCCCCCUGCCCGCACCCCAGCGACCACUGCCCCCCUGCCCGCACCCCAGCGACCACUGCCCCCUGCCAGCACCCCAGCGACCACUGCCCCCCCUGCCCCCCCCAGCGACCACUGCCCCCCCUGCCCGCACCCCAGCGACCACUGCCCCCCUCCCCGCACCCCAGCGACCACUGCCCCCCCUGCCCGCACCCCAGCGACCACUGCCCCCCCUGCCCGCACCCCAGCGACCACUGCCCCCCCUGCCCGCACCCCAGCGACCACUGCCCCACCUGCCCGCACCCCAGCGACCACUGCCCCCCUGCCCGCACCCCAGCGACCACUGCCCCCCUGCCCGCACCCCAGCGACCACUGCACUACCGCCCGCACCCCAGCGACCACUGCACUACCGCCCGCACCCCUCCUGCCCGCACCCCCACCCCGUCCUCGCCCUCGCCAAGACGGUCCGGGUCCUGGCCGACAUCCUUCUGGGGACCCGCGCCCCCCACCGCGGGCCGUGCGGCCUCAGGACGCUGCCAGCCCCGCUCACACCUCAGCCCGCGGCCCGCUCACACCUCAGCCCGCUCACACCUCAGCCCGCUCACACCUCAGCCCACGGCCCGCUCACACCUCAGCCCGCUCACACCUCAGCCCGCUCACACCUCAGCCCGCUCACACCUCAGCCCACUCACACCUCAGCCCGCUCACACCUCAGCCCGCGGCCCGCUCACACCUCAGCCCACGGCCCGCUCACACCUCAGCCCACUCACACCUGCGUCGUCUCCACAGAGCCCCAGUCCAAACCGGCCCCCCGCGCCCCGCCGGCUCCCCCCACCGCCGGCCCCCGCCACCGCCGGCUCCCCGCGCCCCGCCGGCUCCCCCCACCGCCGGCCCCCGCCCCCGCCGGCCCCCCGCGCCCCGCCGGCUCCCCCCACCGCCGGCCCCCGCCCCCGCCGGCCCCCCGCGCCCCGCCGGCUCCCCCCACCGCCGGCCCCCGCCCCCGCCGGCCCCCCGCGCCCCGCCGGCUCCCCCCACCGCCGGCCCCCGCCACCGCCGGCCCCCGCCACCGCCGGCCCCCGCCACCGCCGGCCCCCGCCACCGCCGGCCCCCGCCACCGCCGGCCCCCGCCCCCGCCGGCCCCCGCCCCCGCCGGCCCCCGCCACCGCCGGCCCCCGCGCCCCUGUGGCCUCCGCGUCCCCCCAGCCCGCCGCCGUCGCCCCCGAAGUUCCGAACCAGACAAGAGCGAGAGCGAAGGUGGAAGAGCGCGCGGACGCCAGCCCGGGCGGCGUGACCCCAGGGCGCACGCGCGUGGCGGGAGGCAGGAGCAGGACGCGCACGCGCGGUGGUGUCCUCGCGCGGCCCUUUCUCUCGGGCCCGCCCCCUUCUUGCGCUUCCCCCGGAGGCGGCCGGAGCCCGAGCGGGGAAGUGUGGGGCGAGGUGGGUGGGGCUCCGCGCGGGAGCGCAGCCCUCAAAAGAAGGAGAGGGGCGGGGCGGCGGCGACGUCACCCGGCAGCCCUCCAAUCAGGGGCCGGCGCGGCCCCGCCUCCUCCCCGCGCGCUAUUGGCCGCGGCGGCCCGGGGGCGGGGCCUGCCGCGGGUCGGGGAGGGCCGGGGGCGGGAGGAGAGGAAGGCGCUGGCGGGCCGUGA